AUGCAUGCCAUCACCCGGGCAUCCACUAUGCGGUCUAUGGAGACAAUCGAGGAGUCAUGGAAGGAUGGUGGAAAGGUCGCAGCAGGAACUGGCCAACAAACAGUAUCUUCCGUAUGUAAGGAGAACCCAGCUGACGGCCCUUCUCAUGGAGAAUAUGGCACGACGCAAGACCUCCUCCCUGCCAUCAACAUCCCCAAUCACCUCCAGCACUAUGUCGUCGAUUUCGACACACCUCAUACGCCAACGGAACUCCGCCUUGCACGAGAAGGCAAAGCAGCCCUCGCCGCCCCCAGGAUCAGCCCAGCCACACGACUCCUCCAACGCCAAAGCACCUCAGAGGGCCAGAUCCUCCAUGAAGAAGAAAUCCUCACCCACUUCCAAGCCAGCAACCAAGCGGCACCGCUUCUCUCCAGAGCACCGGAGCACAAAUGGAGGGCCAUACCAUCCACACUCCGCCCACAUGUCUUUGCUCGAGAACGGCUUACACGUUGGAGACCAACCACGGUCCGUACUGCCACUGACAACCAGGGCCGGCCCACCCAUCUCUCCGCUGAAGACCUGGCCCGCAUUCUCGAGAACGGAGUUAGUGAGGAUCAGAGGGCCCCAGCCUCACCCCUCCUCAUCACCUCUCUCAUAGCCACCCUCUCAGGUGCUUUCUCUGGUGGCACCAUCGCCAACUACAUCUAUGGCAUCCGGGCAUGGCACAUCCUGCAUGGGGUCCCAUGGAAGAUGGUCGACCCUGAACUGGAGGCACUGCUCAAGGCCGCAGAAAAAGCAACCCCACCCACGUCAAAGAGGAAGAAACGCCAGCCAUACACAAAAGAUUUCAUGGUUGCUAUUCGCGGUCAGCUAGACCUCUCAACGCCCCUCCAUGCUGCCGUUUAUGCCUGCUUGACAACCACAUUCUGGUCAGCUGCCCGAGUUGGUGAGUUCACGGUCAAAAACCUGACAAGCUUCGACGCAAACAAACAUGUCAAACCCUCAAACGUUACAACCACGACAGACCAGAACGGCUUCGAAACAACCGAGUUCUUCAUCCCCUCCACAAAGUCUGAACCCACCAACGGAGAGACAGUCUCAUGGUCGAGACAGAACGGAGACACAGACCCGGAGACUGCAUUCCACAACCACAUAGAUGUCAACUCACCGCCAAAUGGUGGCCACCUCUUUGCGUACAAAGUAGGCUCAGGAUACAAGCCACUGACAAAGACUGCACGCAUCAUUCAUAAUUCUCACCACCGCAGCACGAGCAGCUGGCCUAGAGCCACUUCAAGGCCAUGGGAUCAGGAUUGGGUCAACACUCGAGUACCUCCUGAGGGGGAUUCCAUUCGAUGUGAUGAAAGCAAAGGGAAGGUGGGCAAGUGA